UUUUAUAUAACGAAAACAACCAUAGACGUAAUGUCUUAAAUAUGUAGAAAUUGUUAUCAGUAUAAUGUGUCUUUGUACAUAAAUAAAUAUAUUAUUAAAGUUUUGAUGGCAGCGAUGGUAAUAUUCUCUCCAAUUAAAAAGAAAAAGGGUUAUCGCGAAGAAGCAACACUGAACAAAUGCAGUUAAAAAUAAAAACAAAUGACAAAGAGUUGUGUGUAAAUCGUAUUUUCAUUUGAGGAGUAGUUUUUAAUUAUAUUUUUUCAAAGAAAAAUGGAACUCAAAGGAUUUUUAGAAGUAUUUAUAUUAAUUUUAUGCACCUUACCCAGUGCUUUGGCCGAGAAUAUCUGCGACAAAUAUAUGCGCGAACUUGCACAAAAACAAAGUGCUUUUGUGCAGUGCUCCACAUUGCAUUCGGUGCCGGUGCGACUUUGCAAUGGCUGCGAAUCACAAUAUUCUGAAAUGCAAGGAAUUUAUUUCAUUAUGCGAGAAGAAAAAAAUUGCACUCAAAAGUUCUUUGAUAAAGACCGUAUCAAUAUUGUUUCUACAACACAAGCUAUACUAACCAGUUUAUGGGCGAAAGCUUACUGUGAUGAUUGCUUUGCUAGCAACAAUUCUGGGGCAUUCGAUAAUAAAACAAGGGAAUUUGAGAACUGCCUUCGUGACCAUAAAGGUGAAGAGUGUGCAUUAUGUUUGCCACAUUACCUAGAUUUAAAUGGGUUCUAUGUUGGUUUGGAUAAACAUAAUAAUGGGCAAGUUUGUUAUGAUAUGCAAGAUUCGAUGAACCGGACAAGGGAACACUGGUCAAAAGAUUUAAAAUGCUGUCAUCGUCAAUUUAAUCCAUUAAUUUUUCUUAUUGCUUGCGGUAUUGCAGCCAUCUUACCAGCAUUGUUCUACGCAAGCACAUAUGCUCUAACAAAGCGACAAGAAAGAAAUCACGGUAUUUUGAUUGCAGAUUCUCGGCAGAGUCCUCCUUCAACUAGCGUAAAUGCUAGUAAUUCGAUUGCUGAUCUUCCAAGCACAUCAUCAACCGCGACAUGUCCGAGAGUACCUUCUAAAAAGAACGAGGAAGAAACCUCCAGUUCUGAUGAUAGUGCUUUUGAGGAGACAGUAGGUCCGAAAAUAAUUAAAUUUUAAUUUAUCAUUUACCUAUAUCCCAAAGCAAAUAAAUAAAAUAAACUAACUUCAUUGU